AUGCCCUACGUUGACGCCCUAAUAGCAUUCCAACUCAAGACCAAAGCAGCGCCCGUGACAACUGUCAGCCCCGCCCCCAUCACUACAACUGCAGCUUCUACCGCUCAGGUCGUGAUCAACGUCACGUCGCCACCGUCUGGCUCGGGUGGGCCCGCUCCUGUUGCCAGCGUUGUGAAUCCGACCGCACUUUCGUUCACACAAAGGGCUCCACCUCCAGGGAUACCGAGCUACAGGGUGAAUGACAACUCUCGAGUCGAGGUGACCCUCAGUAGCCACGAGUUUGAAACAAGCAUGGCAAGGAACGACUUCAGCAGUGAGUCCACGGAGGCAUCAGUCUCUGGUGGCUUUGCCGGCUUCUCCGCUUCUGUUAGUGCAGGAUACUCUAAGUCGGAUAGUACGACUUCCAAGGACACCACGAACACAUACAUGAAAACAAUGAUUGCGUCUUAUCUGUUCCCACGAACAGAUAUCGUACUUCAUCCAGAAGAUCUAGAGCCAACACCAGAACUUCAAGGGGCAUUGGAUACUAUUGCGAAGCUGAAGAACAUCAAAGAUUUGCGCCAACUGUACCAGGACUUUGGACAAGUCUUCUGUCAGCACGUCACUGUUGGUGGCCGACUUCAGUCAACAAGGAUAAUGAAAUCCUCAACCGUGACAUCUGAGUACGAGCAGAAGCAGCAAUUCAAAGUCUCUGUCGGAGUCCAAGUAUCGACUCCAAUUGGCGUUGGUGCUGGUGUUAAACAUGACAAUGAGAAAGGCACGUCUACAUCGACUAGUACUGGUACCGAGGACCAGGCAGAGACGAAUGUCUUUGAAGCUGCGGGUGGAGAUACAAUUCUGGCGUCCAAUCCGCUGGCUUGGAUACCAACAGUUGCAAAGUUCUGGAACUGGAGAGUCAUCAGCCGUGAUGCAUUGAAGCCUCUAGUGGACACCAUUUCUGGAAUUGAUGGCUAUGCAGACGUCAAGAGUCAUUUCGUUCAAGCGGUACCGACGCUGAGCACGUACAUCGAGCUGUCCAAUGGCCACGAAGUCAAAAGUCGCCUACGGCUCGUCAGUGACCAAAAGAAUCUCUCCAAGUCAUACCUAGACAAGACACAGGGUGUUGAAAGGUUUGAUGAUCCAGCUUACUAUCUCGGUCAUAUACCCGACCCGGCGACAAGGCCACAGUAUUACGGCCUGAAAGAUCCAAUGAAGGAUCCGUUCGGCCCAAUGCUGGAAUACCCUGGUCUACAGAAUACGAUGUUUACACCAGCUGAGUAUGACUCGUUUUUCCGUCAUAAGAAAGCACGCCAAGAUACUGAUUCACGUACCAAUAGCUACCGAGCACCUUCAAUCCUUGGCUACGACAGCGAGCAAGCAAGGACUCUCUCGAUGACAUAUGACCAGGGAUUCCUCAAUACAGUCUGGACCAUUACUGCCCCUUUCACCGAUUCCCUUCAACACGGCUGUCGCAUCAGUCUCACCACGAACGUCAUAACCAAAGAUAUCAACGCGCCCGACCCAACAGCACCCCCAGGAGCUCCACCCAAAGCACAAACCAUCGUAAAUCAGCCCCCAGCCUCCUUAGCCGUCUUCCGCAACCAACAAGGCGUCUUCCUGCCCGCCAUGACCACCUCAGACGGAGUUCACUACUGGCGGAUCCUCAAAGUCAACGGGACCACACCCGGCGAAAACAUCUGCGAAGGCGACACCGUCCGGCUUUGCUGGGCGUUCGCGGAUCAAGACACCGGAUUUCGCGACUUCACAGCCGACAUCUACGGGCGGCGGCGGACUCGCUGUCCUGCCGACCUGGAUGAGGGGGUGCUCUAUUUGAAGUUACCCUGGCCGAGAUUCGAGAUGCUGGGAACUGCGGAGGGGGUGAAUGCGGGUGGGGGGGCUGCAGAUGGGGUGGGGAGGAACACUCUCCUCAUGGGCACACAGCCAGGGGUAGAAGACGAGUGGGCAGACGUCGUUAGUCUACCCAUGCUGGGCAGAAAUGCGACGGGCAGCUCGGCGUAUAUGAUGCAGGAUGUGCAGUUUAGGAUCGAUUUGGUGGGGAAUGAUGGGAAGGGAGAUACGGGGGAUUAUCUUUUGGGGAAGGAUGAUUUGACUGGGUUUCAGAAGAGUGCGGAGGAUGUUAGGAGGGAGGCAGAAGAGAAGUACCUGAAUCUUUUGGAAAAGGCUCUUUUCUUUUCUAGUCCACUGCAAGGGGGAAAGGUUAUGUUCAAGAGUGAAUCAAGGAUUUGUAUCCUAGUUUUCUCACACCUGCAUUUUACAUUGCAAAUCAGUCACUAG